UGAGGAGGGAGGGGGCAGGGGAAACAACAUGGCGGACAUGUCGGGCAAAGGCCCCGGCCGCGGCUUCUACCUGAACACGGUGCUCAGCCUGGCCCGCUCGCUGGCCGCGCACAAGCCGGCCCCCAUCGACAAGGUGGAGAAGUUACUCUGCAUGUCCCCCGUGGACUUCCAUGGCAACUUCCAGCUGGAUGAACGGCGCAGAGAUGCUGUUAUUGCACUGGGGAUUUUUCUGACAGAGUCAAACCUUCAGCAUAAAGAAACUGUAGUUCCCUAUCUGCUUCGGCUGAUGAAAGGAUUACCGAAAGUCCAAUGGAUUGAAGACAGCUCGGGGAGAAAGAAUCGAGGAAAGCUUCCUAUCGCCGAAAACUUCAGCUUCUGCUUAGUAACUGUACUUUUCGAUGUGGCCCAAAAAGAAUCCACGUUAAGGGUACAGAUUAUCAAGGCUAUAUUGGAUGUAAUGGAAGUGCUGUUGGGCAUGUGUCUGACACCUCAAACUCAGGAUAAAGAGAGCAUGUGUCGCUGCACGGUGCCAUGUUUGAUUGGGAUCGGACGAGCGUUUGGCCGUUACAGUUACACGGACGAGUCUCUCCUUUCGAAGCUGUUUCCCAAGAUCACGGCGCAGUCGCUGAAGGCACCGAGUGAGACGGACGGACUGAGGCGCCGCUCCUUCAACGACUUCCGAUCCAUCCUCCCCAGCUCCCUCUUGACUGUCUGCCAGUCAUGUGACAGCUUGAGGCAGAAAACCUACAGUGUGACAAAUGUCUCCCAGGGAAGUCCAGAACGUGCGACUGCUGCCCCUACCUCACCUGGAGGGACCAAUUUGCAAUACUUUGAAGGCGCGUACCUACCGGAUGGCAGUGCCCUGGAUCCACACUACUACUUUUCGACCAUUAGUUCCAGUUUCUCAGUGUCCCCUUUGUUCACGGGCUGCAGCACGAAAGAGUUUCAUAUUCCGCUCGAAAACCUCCGGCAGCUGCUUCAAAUGGUUAAACGCAUUGUUGCUGAGCCUGUUUUAAAAGCAUUGGACGCGACCUUGUCCGAGGUUAUUGAGGCAAAUCCUAACCUGGACCUGUACUAUCGAAACUUCAGUGACCCUCUGUAUGUCGUGGUGUUUAAAAUGCUGAGGGACACCUUGUAUCACAUGAAAGAUUUGCAGACCGCGUUUGUGAAGGAGGUUCAUGAUUUUGUGCUGGAGCAGUUUAACAGCAGCCAGUCGGAGCUGCAGAGGAUCUUGCAUGACAUGGACUACUUCCACCACGAGUUCAACCCCCUGAAACUCCGAUGCCAAGCAAAUGCGGCGUGUGUGGAUUUAAUGGUGUGGGCUGUGAAAGACGAGCAAGGUGCUGAGAAUCUCUGCUCGAAGCUGUCCGAAAAGCUGCAGUCCAAGACCUCCAGUAAAAUAAUUCUAUCGCAUAUGCCCUUGCUGAUCUGCUGUUUGCAGGGCCUGGGGCAUUUAUGCGAGCGAUUCCCCGUUGCGGUUCAUUCUGUCACGACGUCGCUGCGGGAUUUUUUAGUGAUUCCAUCGCCGGUCCUGGUCAAGGUGUACAAGUACCACAGCCAGUACAGCGCAGGAGAAACUGAAAUUAAGAUAAGUGUGACAAAUGAGCACUCUGAGGCGACAGUGUUAUCCCCAAAGAAAAACCAACCAUCCAUGUACGAGCAACUGAGGGAUAUUGCUAUCGAUAACAUCUGCAGGUGCCUGAAGGCAGGAUCAGCCGCUGACCCAGUCAUCGUGGAAGCAUUCUUGGCCAGUCUGUCCAACCGCUUGUACAUAUCCCAAGAGAGUGAUAAGGAUGCCCACCUGAUUCCUGAUCACACCAUCCGCGCCCUGGGCCACAUCGCCGUGGCACUGCGGGACACUCCGAAGGUGAUGGAGCCAAUCCUGCAGAUCUUGCAGCAGAAGUUUUGCCAGCCUCCGUCGCAACUGGACGUUCUGAUCAUCGACCAGCUCGGCUGCAUGGUCAUCACCGGCAACCAAUAUAUUUACCAAGAAGUGUGGAACCUCUUUCAACAAAUCAGCGUGAAAGCCAGUUCUGUUGUUUAUUCGGCGACUAAAGACCACAAAGACCAUGGUUACAGGCACUGCUCCCUGGCUGUGGUCAACGCCCUGGCCAAUAUCGCAGCCAACCUGCAGGGGGAGCAGCUGGUGGAUGAACUCCUGGUCAACCUGCUCGAGCUCUUUGUUCAGCUGGGCUUGGAAGGGAAGCGAGCCAGCGAGAGGGCGAGUGAGAAAGGGCCCGCGUUGAAGGCUUCAAGCAGUGCAGGGAAUUUGGGCAUUCUCAUUCCAGUCAUUGCGGUGCUGACCAGACGAUUGCCCCCGAUCAAAGAUGCCAAACCCAGGCUCCAGAAGCUGUUCCGCGACUUCUGGCUCUACUCAGUGGUGAUGGGGUUUGCGGUGGAAGGUUCAGGGCUGUGGCCGGAGGAGUGGUACGAGGGCGUGUGUGAGAUCGCCACCAAGUCUCCGUUGCUGACCUUCCCCGGGGGAGAGCCCCUGCGCUCAGAGCUGCAGUACAACUCCGCCCUGAAGAACGACACCGUCUCGCCGGCUGAACUGAAUGAAUUGCGAAGCACCAUAAUAAACCUGCUGGACCCACCUCCUGAAGUCUCGGCCCUCAUUAACAAGCUGGACUUUGCCAUGUCCACGUACCUCCUCUCCGUCUAUCGCCUGGAAUACAUGAGGGUGUCCCGAUCGACGGACCAGGACCGUUUCCAGGUGAUGUUCCGCUAUUUGGAGGACAAGGCUAUUCAGAAAGAUAAAGCCGGCAUGAUGCAGUGCGUGAUCGCGGUGGCCGAUAAAGUCUUUGAGGUUUUCCUCGCUGUCAUGGCGGACAAGCCCAAGACCAAGGAGAACGAGGAGGAGCUGGAGAAGCACGCCCAGUUCCUGCUGGUCAACUUCAACCACAUUCACAAGCGCAUUCGACGAGUCGCCGACAAGUUUCUAUCGGGCUUGGUCGACAAAUUCCCGCACUUGCUGUGGAAUGGGUCUGUCCUGAAGACCAUGCUGGAUAUCCUCCAGACUCUCUCCCUCUCCCUCAGUGCGGAUGUCCACAAGGACCAGCCGUACUACGACAUCCUGGACACCCCGUACAGGAUCACUGUCCCUGACACCAAUGAAGCCAGAGAGAGUAUUGUGCGGGACUUUGCGGCUCGCUGCGGUGGGAUACUGCAGGAGGCGAUGAAGUGGGCUCCGUCAGUCACCAAGUCCCAUCUUCAGGAGUAUUUGAAUAAGAACCAGAACUGGGUGUCUGGGUUGUCCCAGCAUGCUGGGCUCGCCAUGGCAACGGAAAGCAUCUUGAACUUUGCGAGUUACAACAGGCAGAACACCACACUCGGGGCUACACAGCUGAAUGAAAGGCCCGCGUGCGUGAAGAAGGACUAUUCCAACUUCAUGUCGUCACUCAACCUCCGCAACCGUUCUGCAGGAGAGGUAGCGGGAAUGAUUCAGUUCUCUGAAGCGACCGGCUGGCAGUCUGACCUGAACAAGAUCAUGAUUAAAAAACUAACGGAAGCCCUGGACUCAGUCAAGACUGAUGCCUACACACAGUCCAUGUUCAACCUCACAGCUCUGCUCAUCCGAAGAGAGGUGUGUGAUCCUCAGCUGCUGCACCACCUGUGCUGGGCCCCCCUGCGCAUGUUCACCGCAAUGGGGAUGGAGAUUGCAGUCGGCUGCUGGCAGUGGCUGUUGGCUGCAAAGAAUGGCAUCGAAGUGCCGUUCAUGCGAGAGAUGGUAGGGGCUUGGCAGAUGACCAUGCAGCAGAGGUUUGGCCUCUUCGCCGAAGAGAAGAUUGAAGCUGACCCUCUGGCGGCCUCUGAGGAGAGCCAACCCAUCCCCCGACCCCCAGAGGUGACCCCCCACCACAUCUGGAUCGAGUUUCUGGUGCAAAGAUUUGAGAUUGCCAAAUACUGCAGUGCGGACCAAGUGGAGAUCUUCGGAAGCCUUCUGCAACGCUCCCUCUCCUUGAAUGUCGGAGGCUCGAAGGGGAUUUUGAACAGACACGUGGCUGCCAUCGGGCCAAGAUUCAAGUUGUUGACCCUCGGGCUCGCUCUGCUGCACGCUGACGUGAUCUCCAGCACCACCAUCCGAAACGUACUGAGAGAGAAGGUUUACUCCAGCGCCUUUGACUAUUUCAGCGUUGCUCCUAAAUAUCCAACGCAGGAGGAGAAGAGACUGCGGGAGGACAUCAGCAUCAUGAUCAAGUUUUGGACGGCCAUGUUCUCCGAUAAGAAAUACCUCAAUUCAAACCAGCUGAUCCCUCCAGACAACCAGGACCCCUCCGUGAAUAACCUGUCUGCACUAAUUGUGGCCGAUUCGAGGAACAACCUUGACAUUGCUGUCGGCUCGCGGCAGCAGUCUGCGCAAGGCUGGAUCAAUACCUACCCACUCUCCAGCGGCAUGUCGACCAUCUCCAAAAAAUCAGGCCUGUCAAAGAAGACCAACAGAGGCACUCAGCUACAUAAAUACUACAUGAAAAGGCGUACCCUCCGCCUCUUGUCCUUGUUGGCGAGUGAAAUCGAACGUCUCACCACAUGGUACAACCCUCUCUCGGCCCCCGAGCUGGCCAUGGACCAGGCGGGAGAAGCCAGCAUCGCAAACUGGAGGUCAAAGUACAUCAGCCUGAAUGAGAAGCAGUGGAAGGACAAUGUCAACCUGGCCUGGUGCAUCUCGCCGUUCCUGGCCAUCCAGCUACCCACCAGAUUUAAAAACACAGAAGCCAUCGGAGCCGAAGUGACCCGUCUGGUGAGACUGGACCCUGGAGCCGUCAGUGACGUCCCAGAUGCCAUACGGCAUCUGGUCACCUGGCACACCAUCGAUGCGGAUGCUCCGGAGCUGAGCCACAUUCUGUGCUGGGCCCCCACCGAUCCACCCACAGCCCUCUCUUACUUCUCCAGCUUGUACCCACCGCACCCGCUGACUGCACAGUACGCCGUGAAGGUGCUGCACUCCUUCCCUCCGGAUGCUAUUCUCUUCUACAUUCCACAAAUUGUCCAAGCUCUCAGAUACGACAAGAUGGGUUACGUCAGGGAGUACAUCUUGUGUGCUGCAGCCAAGUCACAGCUUUUAGGUCACCAAUUUAUUUGGAACAUGAAGACCAACAUAUUCACGGACGAGGAGGGGAACCAUAAAGACCCUGAUAUUGGUGAUUUACUGGAGCAACUGAUCGAGGAGAUCACUGUGUCGCUGUCCGGGCCGGCCAAGGACUUCUACCAACGAGAGUACGACUUCUUCAGCAAGAUCACGAAUGUCUCUGCCAUCAUCAAGCCCUACCCUAAAGGAGAAGAGAGGAAGAAAGCUUGUCUGAAGGCCUUGUCUGAGGUGAAAGUCCAACCUGGCUGCUACCUGCCCAGUAACCCAGAAGCAUUUGUGUUGGACAUCGAUUACAAGUCAGGAACACCCAUGCAAAGUGCAGCUAAAGCUCCGUACUUGGCAAAGUUUAAAGUCAAACGGUGUGGAGUUGCCGAACUGGAAAAGGAAGGUGAGUAAAGACGUCGGGCUCAUCGUAAACGCUGCUUAAU